AUGUUGUUACGAUGCAGUUCAAAGCCUUUGCGCAAGAGCAGUGUUGAAGAAUUAACAGAUAAGCACUCGAGAGCCUUAGAACUUCAUUCUGCUUUCGAAGCCCGCAUUGUGGAAGCUAAGACGAAGUUGCAAGAAGCCAUUGAAACAUUCAGUCAGAGAGAUUUGGAAGCUAAUGGCAUUUCUAUAAUUGUGCGCGAGGUCCUGCUCCAGCGAGAGAUAUCUGAACUUAAAGAACAGCUCAAUGAACAAAGAGCACGAGAAGCUGCUUUAAUAUCUGAGGUUCAAAUUCUCAAGGAUGAGGUUGCUGAGAAACCUUUAUUGCAGAAUUCUCUCAAGGAACUGCAAACCAAGUCAGCUCGCUUUGAAGAAGAGAGAAGAAAACUAGCUGAGGCAAAUAUAAAGUUUAAAGAAGAUGUGUCUACAUGCAAGUACAAACAAUGUGACCUUGAAGCAAAAUAUUCCACUGUCGUUGCUGAGAAGCACAAAUCAGUUGAACAACUUCAGGCUGCAAAAAGGACUAUUGAAGAUUUAACGCAGCAGCAUUCUUCUCAAGGGCAGAAACUACAAUCUCAGAUAUCUUCGCUUAUGGAUGAGAACCGUCUGCUUAAUGAAGUGCAUCAAAAUACUAAGCAGGAACUCCAGCAAGUGAUAUCCAACCUUGACGAAAAGCUCAAGGAACAAAAAGCAGGAGAAGCUGCUUUAAAAUCUGAGGUUAAAUAUCUCAAGGUUAAGGGUGCUGAGAAACCUUUAUUGCAGAAUUCUCUCAAGGAACUGCAAACCAAGUUAGCUCACUGUGAAGAAGAGAGCAGAAAACUAGUUGAGGCAAAUAAAAAGCUUAAAGAAGAUGUGUCUACGUACGAGUCCAAACAAAGUGAGCUUGAAGCAAAAUAUUCCACUGCCAUUGCUAAGAAUGAUGAAUCAGUUGAACAACUUCAGGCUGCAAAAAGGACAAUUGAAGAUUUAAAGGAGCAGCAUUCUUCUCAAGGGCAGAAACUACAAUCUCAGAUAUCUUCGCUUAUGGAUGAGAACCGCCUGCUUAAUGAAGUGCAUCAAAAUACUAAGAAGGAACUUCAGCAAAAUUCUCUCAAGGAAUUGCAAACCAAGUUAGCUCGCUGUGAAGAAGAUAGCAGAAAACUAGCUAAGGCAAAUAAAAAGCUUAAAGAAGAUGUGUCUACAUACAAGUCCAAACAACGUGACCUUGAAGCAAAAUAUUCCACUGUUAUUGCUGAGAAGGAUGAAUCGGUUGAAAAACUUCAGGCUGCAAAAAGGACUAUUGAAGAUUUAAUGCAGCAGCAUUCUUCUCAAAGGCAGAAACUACAAUCUCAGAUAUCUUCGUUUACCGAUGAGAACAACCUGCUUAAUGAAGUGCAUCAAAAUACUAAGAAGGAACUCCAGCUAGCGAUAUCUAACCUUGAAGAACAACUCAAGGAACAAAAAACAGGAGAAGCUGCUUUAAAAUCUGAGGUUGAAAAUCUCAAGGCUGAGGCUGCUGGGAAGCCUUUAUUGCAGAAUUCUCUCAAGGAACUGCAAACCAAGUCAGCUCACUUUGAAGAAGAGAGCAGAAAGCUAGCUGAUGCAAAUAUAAAGCUUAAAGAAGAUGUGUCUACAUACGAGUCCAAACAAAGUGACCUUAAAGCAAAAUAUUCCACUGCUGUUGCUGAGAAUGAUGAAUCAGUUGAACAACUUCAGGCUGCAAAAAGGACAAUUGAAGAUUUAAAGGAGCAGCAUUCUUCUCAAGGGCAGAAACUACAAUCUCAGAUAUCUUCGCUUACGGAUGAGAAUAGCCUGCUUAAUGAAGUGCAUCAAAAUACUAAGAAGGAACUCCAGCAAGCGAUAUCUAACCUUGAAGAACAGCUCAAGGAACAAAAAACAGGGGAAGCUGCUUUAAAAUCUGAGGUUGAAAAUCUCAAGGCUGAGGUUGCUGAGAAGCCUUUAUUGCAGAAUUCACUCAUGGAACUGCAAACCAUGUCAGCUCACUGUGAAGAAGAUAGCAGAAAACUAGCUAAGGCAAAUAUAAAGCUUAAAGAAGAUGUGUCUACAUACGAGUGCAAACAAAGUGACCUUGAAGCAAAAUAUUCCACUGCUGUUGCUGAGAAGGAUGAAUCAGUUGAACAACUUCAGGCUGCAAAAAGGACUAUUGAAGAUUUAAUGCAGAAGCAUUCUUCUCAAGGGCAGAAACUAAAAUCUCAGCUACAUCCGUUUGCCACAUAUAUCUUCGCUUACAGAUGA